AAUCAAGCUACCCUAAUACCUUAAAAUUAGCCCAUCCCUUAAUAACUAAAUAAAACUAGAAAUACCCCCAAAACUACUAAUACUACAAAACAAAACAUUUUACCCCCUUAGUACAGGAGAUAAAAAAGGAUAUAGGCGCUAUAAAGCAAGUACCGCAAGGGAAUGUUGAAAGAGAAAUGAAAAAACUCAGUUAAGUUAAGUAGAGCAAAGAUUAAAUCUUGUACCUUUUGCAUCAUGGUUUAGCUAGAAUAAUUUAAGCAAAGAGUACUAAAGUUUAAACCCCCGAAACCAAGUGAGCUACUUCAAGACAGCCUUAACUAGGGCUAACCCGUAUCUGUGGCAAUAGAUUGGGACGAUCUUUGAGUAGAGGUGAUAAGCCUAUCGAACUUGGUUAUAGCUGGUUGUCUAUGAAAAGAAUAGAAGUUCAGCCCAAUCUUUUUAUCACACCACAAAUGUUUAAACCUCUAAAGGUAAAGAUAAAGUGAUUGGAGUUAGUCAAAAGAGGUACAGCUCUUUUGACAAAGGAAACAACUUUCUAGGGAGAUUAAAGGUUAUAUCAGCAAAGACUAACACCCAGGUGGGCCUAAUAGCAGCCACCCUUAAAGAAAGCGUUAAAGCUCAAGCAUAGAAGGACUCAACUAUUCCUACUACUACCCUUAAACCCCUAAAAUUAUUAGACUUUCUUACCCACCAGUAAGAGCAAUAAUGCUAAUAUGAGUAAUAAGAGGAUUAAGACCCUCUCUUAACACGAGUGUAUAUCGGAACGAACUAGCACCGAAAAUUAACGCACCUAACCCAAGAAGGUAUUGUAAAAGAAAUAAUUAACAAGAAAACCCUACAUAUACUCAAGCGUUAACCCCACACCGGAUUGUUGAAUAAGAAAGACUAAAAGGAGAAGAAGGAACUCGGCAAAUACUUCUUAAGCCUCGCCUGUUUACCAAAAACAUCGCCUCUUGAACAACCAAAAUAAGAGGUCCUGCCUGCCCUGUGACUAUAUGUUUAACGGCCGCAGUAUUCUAACUGUGCGAAGGUAGCGUAAUCACUUGUCUCUUAAAUGGAGACCUGUAUGAAUGGCAUAACGAGGGCUUAACUGUCUCCUUCCCCUGGUCAAUGAAAUUGAUCUCCCCGUGCAGAAACGGGGAUGAAACCAUAAGACGAGAAGACCCUGUGGAGCUUUUAAACACACGGGAGCUUAUGUUAAUUAAUUUAAAUAAAAGAUAAACAAAUAAAACCUUCCUAAUGUUUUUGGUUGGGGCGACCAUGGGGGAUCAAUAAGCCCCCAUGCGGAAGAAACUUAAUUCUUAAAGCCACGAGGCACACCUCUAAGCAUCAGAACAUCUGACCUAAAGAUCCGGCAAGACCGAUUAACGAAACAAGUUACCCCAGGGAUAACAGCGCAAUCCCCUUCGAGAGUUCUUAUCAACGAGGGGGUUUACGACCUCGAUGUUGGAUCAGGACAUCCUAAUGGUGCAGCUGCUAUUAAGGGUUCGUUUGUUCAACGAUUAAAGUCCUACGUGAUCUGAGUUCAGACCGGAGUAAUCCAGGUCAGCUUCUAUCUAUGAAGCAUCCUUCUCUAGUACGAAAGGACCGAGAAGGGGAGGCCUAUUCUAACAGAACGCCUACCCCUUACCUGUUGAAGCAAUAUUAAACAGGCAAAAGGGGGCUUCUUUAUGCUUGAAACUAAAGCAUUAUUAAGGUGGCAGAGCCCGGUAAUUGCAAAAGACCUAAGCUCUUUAAACAGAGGUUCAAGUCCUCUUCUUAGUUAUGGAUUACAUCACCAUUAUUAAUUUAACCUGUCAUUUUUGCUACAUAAUCCCCAUCCUUCUGGCCGUAGCAUUUUUAACCUUAAUUGAACGUAAGGUUUUAGGUUACAUACAACUCCGUAAAGGACCCAACCUAGUAGGCCCUUACGGGCUCCUCCAACCACUUGCUGACGGUGUUAAGCUCUUUAUUAAAGAACCAAUUCGCCCUUCAUCCUCAUCUUCAACCCUUUUUAUUCUCACCCCUAUCCUAGCGCUCACCUUAGCACUGACCUUGUGAGCCCCCAUACCUAUACCUUACCCCGUAUUAAAUAUCAACCUUACUAUUUUACUAAUUAUAGCUAUCUCUAGCCUUGCAGUGUACUCAAUUCUAGGGUCUGGAUGAGCAUCAAAUUCAAAAUACGCACUAAUCGGAGCCUUACGAGCUGUAGCCCAAACAGUAUCAUAUGAGGUUAGCUUGGGCUUAAUUUUACUUGCCUCUGUAAUUCUGGCCGGUGGCUUUACCUUGCAAACAUUCAACACAACCCAAGAAGCUAUUUGACUAAUACUACCAACUUGACCUCUUGCUGCAAUAUGAUAUGUUUCAACCCUCGCCGAAACCAACCGAACUCCUUUUGAUCUUACAGAAGGUGAAUCGGAAUUAGUCUCGGGCUUUAAUGUUGAAUACGCAGGAGGACCCUUCGCAUUAUUUUUUCUAGCAGAAUAUGCUAACAUCCUAGUAAUGAACACUUUGUCAGCAAUCCUGUUUCUAGGAACAAACACUUUUCCACUACUACCCUACCUUACCACCUCAAUUUUAAUAAUCAAAGCAGCUUUUCUUUCAAUAGUAUUUUUAUGGGUCCGAGCCUCCUACCCUCGAUUUCGAUAUGAUCAAUUAAUACACCUAACAUGGAAAAACUUUUUACCCCUUACAUUAGCAUUAGUUAUUUGACACCUAUCAUUCCCUAUUACGCUAGGGGGUUUACCACCUCAACUUUAAAUAGCUUAGAUAAAUCCUACGAUUAUUUAAAUAAGGUCCUUUUACAGCUUUAAUCCCACCAACACCUUAGGAAGAAGGGAUUUGAACCCUGCCGAAGAGAUCAAAACUCUUAGUGCUUCCGUUACACUACUUCCUAAAGUAAAACAGACUAAUUAAACUUUGGAAUUAAGACUCCAAAAAGAGGGUUAAACCCCCUCUUACUUAAAUGACACGAGUGGCUCCUGUCCUGAUUACAAUCUUAAUUUCUUUAACCUCAUUUAUUAUCACUCUUAUUUUCGCAAACUCUUGUUGAAUUUUAGCAUGAGUUGGGUUAGAAAUUAAUGCACUAAUUAUUCUCCCUUUUAUAACUCAAAAAAAAUACUCUCGUAAUCUCGCACCAUCCCCGAAAUACUUUUUUACCCAGGUUAUUGCCUCCGUAAUAAUCCUUUUUGCUAUUGCUUUAAAUGCUUGGUACACCAGCGAAUGAUUUAUAAAUUCAACAUCUAACCCCACCGCAAUUAACAUUGCCACUUGUGGACUCGCUAUAAAAUUAGGUAUUGCUCCCUUCCACAUCUGGUUUCAAAUAAUCCUAGAACGCGUAACUUUACCCCUUGCUUUAGCUCUUGCCACUUGACAAAAACUAGCCCCUUUCACCCUUUUAACAUAUUUAACCCCACAUAACCACUACAUAUUUAUGCUUAUAGGAGUAUGAUCAAUACUAGUUGGGGGCACAGUAAUGUAUCGUCGAACUGAUUUACACAAACUUUUAGUCGCCUCCUCAGCUAUCCACUCAGGUUUAGUGCUUUUAAUCUUACAAUUCUCUCAACCUCUUGCAUUAGUAACCCUUCUUACUUAUUUUCUUAUAACCUUCUCCACCUUCACACUAUCUAACAUGUGAUACUCCACAAUUAUGUCCCCCUUGCCCAUAUCUUGGUCAAGUCCUCCUAUUUUUACCCCCUUAACACCCUUGAUUUCCUUAAUAAUAGGAACAUUCCCUAAUAUUACUUAUACCCACCCAGAAUGACUAGCCGUUUCUUACCCUUGGUUAACCAAAAUUGACAUGUUAACAAUACUUACGGCGCUCUCUUCACUUAUUAGCUUGUAUUUAUACCUCCGGUUAUCGUAUGCAUUUGUCCUAACAACCCCCUCUCACAUGGACCCUGGGGACAACUCUCAAAACUUAAUCAACUUACACCUCACGGUUCGACUGCUUGGUACACUGGUUUUAACAGUAAUCCUAGUCUACGUGCUCUAUAAUAUUUUCUUUAGGUAACCAACAGUAAAAAUAA